UCUUUUACCAAACAGAUAUACAGAGAGACUUCAAUCAGAGGAAAUAAAUAAAUUUCAUUAUUUCUCUUUCUGAAUUAAUAAAAAGGUUUCUUGUUGAAUUGAAUUUGUAGCUGUGUUUAACGUAGUAGCACUUGGGUUUUAGAUAGACAACGUAACCAAAACUGUUUCAUGUUCUGUCUGUAUUCUCUCUUUUGCUUUUUUGGGUUUCCUCCUUCUUUCUCAUCUUUGCUGCGGUGCAUUUUUUUCUCGGGAAAAUCCUUUCUGGGCUUUCCGGGAAAGUUUUCUUGUCAGAUUCGGAAAGGUACCAAAAAAAAUAAAUUAAUAAAAACUUACCAAACAGAUUUUGUGUUUAUCUCUCUCUCUAUAGAUUCUUUUGAUCACAAAUCCUUUUCGUUUUUGAUCAUAUUUUGAUUGAGAACAAAACAAUCUUCAAAGUCUCAACCUUUAAGUUUGAUUGAUCUUUUUUUGGUAAGUAAAUCUUCUGUCGUAGAUUCGAUAUUUUCUGAUCUUCUCUUUUCGAAUUCUUCAAUCUUCAACGAUCCCAAUCUUCUUCUUCUGGAAAUCUAUUUUGCUUCUUCUUCAAAUUUUCUGGGGAAAAAAUCAAAUUCUUGAGUUAAUUAGACUCCGAUUUUGUUGAAUCGAGAAACGAUGAAAGCAUCGGGUUCAUUAGAUAGCUGGAGAGAAUAUUUCCGACGGCGAGGAGAUUCCGAUAUAUUCGGGAUCAUCGAUCAUGCGAUCAUGGUGGCUGCUACUGAUUGUCCUAACAAAUUCAAAUCCAGAAGAGACAAAAUCGCCGAGCUUUUAUUCUCCUGUAGAGUGAAUCGUUGCGUCGGAUGCGACCAUCUUGAAUUGUCUGUUCCCGGAGACGACGAGGCUAACCGUGGAACCACCGGAAAUGGUGGUGGUGGUACGGCGGUUGAUGAAGAUUAUGAGGUUGCUGGUGGUAGUAAAGAGAGCAAAGCUAAUAGUAGCAGAGGGGAUAAUAAUCAGAUUGUUAGCAAUUAUACAUUUGAUGAAGCUGAGGCUUUGAGUGAUGAGAUUGAAGAGUUUUCUGUGGUUUCUAAGGAGGUUGCUAGGAUCAAAGAGAUCUUGCUCAACAAAGAAGAUGAGCCAAACUCGGUGUUACUCGAUUCUUUAAGACAUCUUAAGUUGAUGUCUUUGAAUGUGGAUAUUCUUAAGAGUACUGAGAUUGGAAAGGCUGUUAAUGGCCUCAGGAAACAUUCUUCUGAUAAGAUUCGACAACUCGCUAAGACUCUUAUCGCAGAAUGGAAGGAGUUGGUGGAUCAAUGGGUGAAUACCACAAAGGAAAUCACUGGUGCUGAAGGUACACCAGAGUCUGCAAACCCGUCUGUCCUUGAUGAAGAAGAGGCGUUUCCAUCGCUUCCAUAUGAUGUUGAUAUCUUUACACCUGAACCAAACGGAUUUGAAAUCUCACACUUCUUUGAUUCCUUGGACUUUGAUGGAAAUCCUCGUAACUCUGAAGAACACAACACAAGCCGAGAGCAUGAAAGAAGGCCACAAAAUAUCGCCAAGAGAAAACCUGAGGGAACACAAAUGAGGAUACAAGAUGCUCCUUUUAGAUCUAUUAAGCCAUCAUCAGCUACUGAUUUUGAUGGGACUAGAAGACCUGUAAAGCAAAGUACAGAGCAAAGGAUGAAGAACGAAACGGUAUCUGUUCACAAGUCUGAAAAACCCAUGAUCCAAAGGAAACCGGUUGUUACAGAACAGAAGCGGAAAGCUCCUGGACCUCAACAAGAAAAACUUAAAGGUCUUGAUGCAGACGCAAAGUUUGAGUUUGCAAAGAGGAAACUUCAAGAAAGCUACCAGCAUCACGAGAAUGCCAAGAAGCAGCGAACGAUACAAGUACUUGAGAUGAUCCCAAAGCAAGGUAGUGCUCAGAAACCGCAACUCAAGAGACCUGGAAUGAGCAACAGGAAUUGGGCUAAUGGGAGAAAAUAGUUUCUGCUUUGUUCAAAUGGUGAAUAAUUCUCGGCAAAAGAUAUUACUCCAUACUUACCACACAUAUCUCGCAAUCUCUGGUGCAAUAAAGGUAAACAGAGUCUAGUUCCACAAAGCUGGAGACAGAAACAAGCAGAGGAGAAGGAACAGAAUCCAACAUAACUUUACUUUGAACAAACUGUUUACUCCUCUGUUUUGUUCUGUCUUGGAUUCACCAAUUGCAGCAAGAUAGGGAUACCAAUUAUUGUUUCUUUUAUGUGUUCUUUACUACAUUCUUGAGACUUUCGGUACAGUCCCGGUUUAGUCGGGUUAUGUUCGGUUUUGGGACAAGGAGAGAGGUCCCUUUUACAUAUAUAUCAUAUAAAAAUAGUAAAAGAGAGGGUAGAAAAGCUCAUUCGAAAUUGACCGGCUCUUCACCUAACUUUGUAUAGUAAUGUGAAAUGAUUUGGGACACAAUAUAGAGAUGAUGACACUUUUUUCCAAAUAAAUAAAUAUUUAUAUAAUGAUAUCCAAUUGUUAUGAAUGAAUGUGAUUGUGACCGAAUGUUGUCAUUUCUUAUUACUUAUGUAUAUAAAAUAAGAUGGCAUUGGAAAGGCUUAAGGAAGGUGGGUGGAUAAGAAAAGAGGAGAAGGUAGUGGGGGGUGGGAGAUAACGUGGAUGGAUAGGAAUGUUGUUGCAGUGUGGUCUUUGUGCGUGUUGGUAUUUUUUAUUCAAUGUUGUUAUUAUCUCGGCGUUACGCGUUCACGCAUUUCACCACAUGAACCACGUGGACUUCUACAACUUCUAUUAAUCUUUCACUCCAUUUCUAUUGAAAGAAAAACAGUUGGAUAGAGAUAAAUC